GAACAAAAAUAAAACUUGUCUACCUGUGGUAUUUCCCUUUGCGACGCAGCUCAUACACUCCCACACACCUUUUGUAUCUCCUGCUUGCCGUGGGUUUGCUGAAAAGGUGCACUUCGAAUCUUUCUCUUCCUGCAAGUUUUUUUUUUCUUGAUUACAAGGUGGAGCAAACGUUUGAUUAGAUACAUAAAAUGGCAGCGGAGGAAGUCGAUGAUAUCCAGGCCAACGUGCUGGCCAUCCCCACCUUCGAGGCGAUGGGGCUCAAGGAGGACCUGCUGAAGGGCAUGUACAGCUUUGGCUACAAGAAGCCCACCGCCAUUCAGAAGCGCUUCAUUGUGCCGUUCCUGAACGGGCGCGAUGUGAUUGCGCAGGCGUCGUCGGGUACAGGCAAGACCUCCGCCUUUUGCGUGUGUCUGCUACAGGCAUGCAAUCCGCAGAUCCGCGAGACGCAAGCCCUCAUCCUGUCUCCGACGCGCGAGCUGGCCGUGCAGACGCAGGACUUGUGCAACAACAUUGGUCAUCACAUGGGGCUCACCGCGUACGCGUGCAUUGGCGGCAAGAGCACCGAGGAGGACGUCCGUCGCCUCGAGAGCGGCAUCCACAUCAUCUCCGGCACCCCAGGUCGGGUGUUCGACAUGAUGCGACGCAAAAGCCUGCGCGUGAACGGGCUCAAGACGCUCGUUCUGGAUGAAGCGGACGAGAUGCUCGGCAAAGGCUUCAAGGCGCAGAUUCACGACAUCUAUCGCAUGGUGCCGCCGCUGCAGGUCAUUCUCGUGUCCGCCACGCUGCCGGCGGAUGUGUUGGAGAUGACGGAGAAGUUCAUGACAGAGCCGGCGAGCAUCCUCGUGAAGCGAGAUGAGAUUACGGUGGACAGCAUUAAGCAGUACUUCGUCUCCGUCGACGAGGAGCGAAACAAGUUUGACGUUCUGCUGGAGCUUUACGACAGCCUGACGAUCGCCCACGCCGUUGUGUUCUGCAACACACGCAAGAAGGUGGAGCAGCUCGCGAAGAAGAUGACGCGCGAGAAGUUCACCGUGAGCGCGAUGCACGGGGACAUGCCACAGGCCGAGCGAGACGAGAUUAUGCGUCAGUUCCGCGACGGGCACAGCCGCGUGCUCAUCACAACCGAUCUGUGGGCACGCGGCAUUGACGUGGAGCAGGUCUCGCUCGUACUGAACUACGAUCUGCCGCUGUCGCGUGAGCAGUAUAUCCACCGCGUGGGCCGGACCGGUCGCAUGGGCCGCACGGGGCUCGCCAUCACUUUCGUGCGCCGCGACGAGCUGCGCCUGCUGCGCGACAUCGAGCAGUUUUACGCCACGCAGAUCGAGGAGCUGCCGGCGAACAUUGGCGAGCAGGUGUGA